AUAUGUGGGAUGCGAGACUAACCCUUAGGAUGUGCAAGAACCACUUUUCUGGGAGAAUACCUUACGAGCUAGUAAAGCUAAAAUUUGUGGACACAUGCCUUGAUCAUGUGAAUUUAUGUUCAGAACAGCUGUUUUCUAGCUCUGAACAAAUGGUUAUGGAACUCCCAACAUGCCCUUCCCAAAGCUUUUCGGGAUUAUACAAUUCCACUGCACAUAAACUGCAGAAGUUCCAAUGAGCUAAGUAAAUCAAACAAAACCCAACCUUCGAAACCAAAUCAUACGAGGAUUGUAACUUGUGUCGUGAUUGCAGCGGCAGUAGUACUCAUCAUUGGGAUAGGAAUUCUGAUACUGGUGUUCAGACCUAGGGUGGGAAGGAGAAAACAAAGUGAUGGAGAAGAAUGGAGUAUGAUUUCAUUUCAAAGGUUGGAAUUCAAUAAAUGGGAUAUUUUGAGUGGUUUGAUAGAUGAAAAUUUGAUUGGAAAUGGAGGGUCAGGAAAAGUAUAUAGAGUGAUUACCAAGAAAGGCCAAAGAGUUGCUGUUAAAAGUAUAAGGCAUGAACAAAAGCAAGGGCAUGGAUUAAUGGAGAAACAGUUCAUAGCAGAGGUUAAGAUCCUUGGGGGAAUUUGGCACAACAACAUAGUGAAAUUGCUAUGCUGCAUCAGAGGAAAGACGACAAAGCUUCUUGUGUAUGAAUACAUGGACAAACAAUGCCUUCAUAAAUGGUUGCAUGGAAAGAAGAAAGGCUUAACUACUCAAGUCUUGAACUGGGAGACAAGACUAAAAAUUGCCAUUGGAGCUGCACAAGGCCUCUGCUAUAUGCAUCAUGAUUGCAGUCCACCCAUUGUUCAUCGAGAUAUCAAAUCCAGUAACAUACUCGUCGACUCUGACUUCAAUGUCAAGAUUGCAGACUUUGGACUGGCAAAGAUGAUGGCGAGUGAAGGAGAUCCAGAAACAGCAUCUGCUAUUGUGGGAACCUUUGGUUACAUUGCCCCGGAAUACAGCAGUACAAGAAAAGUGGAUGCGAAGAGCGACAUUUACAGCUUUGGCGUAGUUCUCUUGGAAUUGACAACGGGAAGAGAAGCAGUGACUGGAAAUGAGGAUAUGAACCUGGCACAAUGGGCACACAAACACCAAAGAGAAGGAAAACCAGCUGCAGAUGUCCUAGAUGAGGAGAUCAAGGACCUAAGUUAUAUGGAGGCAAUGAUCACUGUUUUCAAAUUAGGCCUUGCGUGCACUUUGAGUUCCCCAUCAAGCAGGCCAUCCAUGAAAGAUAUUUCACAGAUUCUUCAAAGAUGCAGCGACAACAAUCAUAUGUCCUCAGAGUGCCAAUAGACAUUAUAAUAUUUCCACUUUACUUUUGAAUGGACUUGUCCCAUUACAAAUUCUUAGCAAUGGUUUGUUUAAAGUGACUAUUGUACUCACAGUGCAAUUAUGCAGGAUCCAUCAUAAAUUCAUAAUUCAUAAUGCAACUCCACUUGGUUUC